AGAAGUUAAAAAUGGAAAUUCAUGGAAAUUGUCAAUAAGCCAAAAAAAUAAUUGGAAAAACUUUUUGAAGUGAGCUUAGCCUCUGAUGGCGGCGCACCAUUCUCCAUAUCAACCAUCAAAAAAUCGAAUAAAUCAAAACAUCUACUAUCGUGCUCCUAGAAGAUUCAUAGCAAACGAUCGUAUUAACGCUCGUACAUCCACCUCACGCGAUACCAGUUAUAUUACAUCAGAAAGUACUCCAUCGCGACCAGGUGGCACCCCAGCACAAGCAAUAAUUAACUACGAGCCACGGCGAGGCUCGCAUAAAUAUAUGAGCAGUCAAGAAGCAACGCGAACACCAUCAUUUUACAGCUCGCAAGAUGAAGAAGAUUUGGAAUGGUUAGACAAAAUAAUAGGUGCUCCUAUAAGAGACAGAAAAAAACUGGCACCAAAACCUAUAGACAAACCGGUUCCCCCCAGGCCUAGGAGUAUUCUAAAAAAACAAAAGCGUCUUUAUUCAAAUUCGUUGCUUAGAACAAAAAUUAACUCAAAUCGCCAAACUUCAACUACUCUUACACCAUGGGUAGAAGAAAGUCGAGAACAAUUUAUGAAUACGCUUACCCAAGGAUCGUCGCACCGACAACUCGGAGAAAUGAAAAAAAAAUCUUAUUUUCCCAAUUACCCUGGCUUACGUGAUACAGAUGUUUUAGGAUUGGAGCUUCCAACUUUUGAAAAUACAGCUUCUGAUUAUGAAGAUACUGAGCAAGAGAUACCUAAAGAUAAAGGAAGGAAAAAGGUUAUGUUAACUUAA